AUUAUGCAAAGUUACCCCUGCCCCAAUACCUUCUUACUAUGAGGGAAAUCAGUGAAUCUAAGAAUACUAUAUAAAUUCCAUUAUGUUUAAUUGAAGAAUACCUUGUAGAUCAAUCGACGUCAUGGAGAUUUUUUCUUUUUUUUAGAAAAACUUUUUCUGUAAUGCUACCUAGGUUAUGUUGUUGUUCUAAUGAAAGCAAACUAAGAUUAAUCAAGACAGAUGUGGGCCUAAUUUCGAAACUGUUCAUAUCGCAUAUGUAAUUCCUUGGUUUAAUUUAUUAUUAGAUAACUAUGUAUAUAACUAUAUAUAUACUCUGUUCACGUUAUUCAUUUUGCUUGUUCACAAGGUCAGGUUUUGGACCUUGAGAUUUUCAGAGAUUAGAUUCUGCUAAUAAGCUGGUUGGUUCCUGAGAGUAGUGUGAUUUUGUGACCUGAAUAUACAUACCAGCCGAAUGUGAUGAGUUACAGUAGCCAGUUUGUACUGACGCUAAUAAGUUUAGUGUGUAGUAUUACUUCGCAAGAUAGAUAACAGUUUUUGAAGAUAUAAUUUAAUGUUAAUCUAUUAUAUCUAUUAGAAUCUCGACAGAUACCUGGAUUAUAAAUCAAAUUUUUGUCUUGUGUUUUUCGUUAGUCGAUAGCAUAUUCCAGAUAUACUUAUAUAGUUAAUAUAAACAUGCCUAAUAUAAGUUUAACUUUAAACUACAUUAAGUAUUUCGCUAAUGUAAAUUCACGACAUUCUUUGUCGAAAUUUCUUGGAAUGGAACGUUUGAUGAAUACGGUCCAUGUCAAUAGAAAUUACCAAAGAAAAAAUUUUUCUUCGAAAGUGAAAACUCUUGAUAUGGCAGGUGUUUUUCCUCCAAUCACCACACCAUUCAAGAGUAAUGAAGAAAUUUCGUUUAAUGAUCUGAAAGACAAUUUGGAAAAAUGGAAACCUUUUCCAUUUCGGGGUUUUGUGAUACAAGGAUCUACUGGUGAAGUUGCAUAUUUGAGUGAAGAGGAAAGAGUGGAAGUUGUAAGGUUUGCUCGUCAGUAUAUCACGAAGGACAAAAUUCUUAUGGCAGGAAGUGGAUGUGAAUCCACAAAAUCAACGAUUGAUAUGACAAAGAAGAUGGCAGAAGCAGGAGCUGAUGCAGUCUUGGUUAUCACACCUGCAUAUUUUAGAGGGCGCAUGAGUGAAAAUGCUCUAAUAACUCAUUACACUAAGGUUGCAGAUGAAAGUCCAGUUCCUGUGGUUUUGUACAAUGCCACUCCUAACACAGCUUUAGACCUUCCUCCAGAAGUUGUGAUUAAGAUGGCCAGCCAUCCAAAUGUAAUUGGAGUUAAGGAUAGUGUUGGAGAUAUUGCAAAACUUAGUUUAUUGGUUCAUAAAACUUCAGAACAAGAUUUUCAAGUUCUUGCAGGAUCUGCAGGAUUUUUGUUGCCAGCUUUAACUAUGGGAUGUGUUGGAGGAGUUCUAGCUUUAGCAGAUGCUCUUGGUGGUCCAACAUGUGAACUAUUUGAACUAUACUGUAAUGGAAACAUGACAAAAGCGAAGAAACUUCAACAUCGAUUAAUAGCUCCAAAUUAUGCUGUAACUAAAAUAUAUGGAAUUGCUGGAGUGAAGAAAGCUAUGGACCUUCUUGGAUAUUAUGGAGGACCAACAAGAUCACCUCUUUUGCCUUUGACUAAUGAGGAGGAGGAAAAACUAAAACUAUAUUUUAAAGAUAAUGGUUUUCUGUAAGUUUUUUUUUAAUGGCUUUUUUUUGUCAUACAUGCUAUUAGCAUUUGCAGUUGCUUACUAAUUGAUGGCUAAAUAAUAUUUAGGAGGAGUCUUGUACACUGGAAAUUGUAUCAAUAAAAUAUAACAUGAGAGUUUUCUCAUAGUAUUUCUUUUUA